GCUCUCCCUGGGCAUGAGGAAAUGUAUAUGAAACCUGGACUGUCUGGGCCAGCAGUGGGGCACACUGCUCUACCCAAAUGCCCCAGUAACCUCCUCUCCAGUGUCUGGCAGGCCUGCCUAGUAAAACAACCAAUCUUUCAUGCUAGCCCCUCCCUGUCCAGUCAGUGCCCCUGGGUCCACUGGCUAGCAUGUCCCAGGCUCCUGGCUGGCCACACUUGGGCAACUUCAGUCAUCCUAGGGUCUUUCAGAAGCAGGGAAAAGGGGCUGGGAGUUCUGAGUGGAACAGCCUGUCAGCAUCCCACUCUCACCAGGGCCCUACACUGUACCCCUCCACUCCCCAGUGCAGAGGCAGUCCAGCAGUCUCCCCUCACCCCAAACAAUGGAAGGAGGAUAGAGGCCAUCCCCCAGCUAGGCCGACAGCUGAGCCCUUCACCCUCAGCUGAGCCCACAGCCUGUGGUCAACCCUGGCUCCUGUCCCUUGAUCUGAGGGGUUACUGAGAAGGCCACCUUCCCAAUGCCUUCCUUGUGACCUCUCCCUGUCUACUGAGGACAGCCUGACUGCCCUCAACAGGGAAACCGGAGACAGGGCCUCUCCCUUACUGCCGUCUCCACAGACCCACUCCUUGCUUCCUCCCUUGGACCUUAGGGGGUGAGGCCUCUCUAGGCUGAGCCCACCGUCCACCUUUGCCAGGGCCCUCCCUGAACCCUCAGCCCCUCUGUUCCAGGUAUUUAGGUGCCCAAAUCUCUCACAUACUUUAACAUACAGCAAUAUGUACAAUCCCUUUUUAGGGGGAAGCAGGAUACACCAUUCCCUGCAACAGAGUCCCUAGAGCAGACCCUCCCCCAGGCCUCAGGACACAUGCCUGGCCGUCAUCACAGGGACCCCUCCCAUCACGACUUCUUCCACAAACUCGGCCUGCCUAAGCCUUGACGGGGGCGGGGACGGGGCAGUUCCUGCAGGAUCCCAGCCUCACCGAGUCCACCUGGCAGACGGCUUUCACUUACAAACCCCUCUUGAGUUCACAGCACCCUCAAUAAGACAGGCAGAGCAGGAACCAUGACUAGACUAUUGCUCCUGCCAAGAUGAAGAGCUGGGGCUAAGGGGUGCUUAGUGAUCUGCCUGCAGCGGCACAGAGAAUCCAGGCAAUGCCAGUACCACCUCCCAGGUGCCCUGUGCCCAUCCGGGCUCUCACCAAGGCACCCUCCUCCCAAACUGCAGCCCUCUUCCGUGAAAGCAAAUUUCCUCACCUGCCCCACAGACACCAGGCCCUAUGGCCCUUCGUAGAGGCAGCAAGUGAACAGACACCAGCCUAUGGAGCUGCCUCCCUCUGGCUCCAGGCCAGCCCAGAGCUGCCUCGUUCUCUCCCCACACCCACCAGGCUGGCCCAGCACCACCACGCUCACUUCAUUGUGCCCCCUCCACGGUGGGUACAUUGUCGAGGGAAAAACACCUCAGCCAGACCAUACCACAGACCCAGGACCACACACUGUCCACACACAGUCCACAUGACACAGCCCCCCAGUGUGCACACAGACCCCUGUCACACACAGAAAUGAUCGUAGAGAGAUGCUGACACACAAUGCAUAUGACCAGAUAUACAAAGUCGCACAAUGACAUGUCUGCUGUCAAGCAGGAACACAGAUACAGCACAGAGUCACAAAGAGGCAGGAGGGAUACCUAGACCUCCAAGCUGUGCAGUUACAUUCUUAGGCACACCUACAGCUAGCUACUCAAUCACACCCACCCCAAUGCCACAGUCACCACGUCCCCAUGCACUCCCACACUCACAGGUACCCUGGAACGCCUGCAUGCACACACACACACACACCCUCACAUCCAUGUAUCACUCAGGGGCACAACCAGCACCAGGUCACCCCCAAUCCAGCCACACGGACCCCAGAGUUGCACACACAGUCAAUCCCAUGCCUACUCCCGGGUCCUCCCUUCUCCCCCUCCCAGGGCUGAUCCAAGAGUAGAACAAAAGCCCUGUGUCCCCUCCUCCCCUUCCCCCUUAACUCUCCUCUCCCCCUCCCCCCCCCCCCCACCCCGCCAGCGUCCAUCCCCUUUGUCCUCCUGCAGCUGAGCCUGAGCGGGAGUCCAGGCAGAGCGGCAGGGACAUUGCGCCCAGGCUGCCAAGGGUGCAGGGCAGCAGGACAAACAGGAGUGGUCAGUGCAAGAGCAGCAGCUGCAGAGAGCCUGGGAGAGGUCAUGGCCAGGUAAGUGCCAGGUACACCUGGGGACUUAGGAUGCAGGACUCCCCUGGCUGUGUCAUGUCUACAAGUCUGAGUGUGUGUUUGUGAGUGUAGGUGUGACUGUGAAAAAGAAACAGGGUGGCAUGUCAACUUCUAGGGGCUGGGGACCUCAGUCUGUGUCAGCACCCUCGGCUUGAGGUGCCUAGACUCUUAGCUGGGAUAAGAGAAAACUAGAUCAAGUCCUGCCUGGAAAUCCCUACCUUUCAUGUUCCAAUGGGGUGUCCUUCGGCCCCCACUCUGGAAAUCCCUAGGGUGGAAACUGGGUCUGAUGUCCCAGUGUGUCCACAGUGCCCAGUGCAGUAGACAGCAGGAGAAUGAAUGAAAAAGUACUGGCGCACUUCCCAGGAGGGGACUCCCUCCCUCUCCCCUGGCAGCCCCUUGUGCCAGGACAUCUCUGCAGAGAGAAGUCCCACCUGAUGCUGAUGAGACCUGCCCUCUUGGAUCUCAGCUUAGAGUGGGCUGCCUUCUCAGCCAGUGGAAAAUAAAAGGAAGGCAGCAUGCUCCCAUGACCCCUAUCAACUCCUUCCAGUGGUCCUGCGCUGCUCCUUGGGAUACACCCCAACCUUGGCAAGUGUGGCUGAGCCGCUAGGCAUGCAGUCUACAGCCAGGUGGGUUCAGGUCCCAGCCCCUCUAUUUGGACAAAGUAGUUAACUUCCUGGGACUCUGCCCAUCAGGAAGCUCAUUUCCUUUGAUGCUAAGAUAGGGGAUCCACCACACUGGAUGGCCCAGGCAUAAACAGUGAAAGCCAGACUGACUACUGGGCAAGAUCUGACCUCCGGGCAAAGCAGUCUCAAGGGAGGCAGAGCAGCUGGAUCAGGAGAAUGGAGGGAGAAGCAAGGAGCAGAGAGCAGAGUCCUGCUCCCCUAGAGUAAGUUGCUACAUAAAGGUGUGUGCUCCUUGUCCCUGGAAGUAUGCAAGCUGAAGCUGUAUGUUCAUAAUGGCCAAAUCAUAACCAAUCCAUUACAGCCCUUCAGGCUAUAGAAUGCUUUCACAAACACCCCUGCGUUGAUCCUCACAGCAACCUCUGAAGAGCAGGUUCCAUCUGUGUGAUUGUUUCCUCAUGACAAAUUUGAAAAAGAAGAGGGGAAGGAGUCUAAAGAAACUCUUCAGGUUUGUGAGGAUCAAAUGAAAUUAUGUACAUAAAAGCAACUAACACAUGCGGUGUGCUCCCUUCCUCUUGAGUAAAAACAUGUAAAGAAACAUUUGUUUCGUUUGUACUGUAUACCUAGCACUUUUCAUACAUUCCAUUUAACAGUCACCAAGUCACAACAACCAUGUGAGAGAAGCAUUAUGACCGCAUUUUAGAUGAGGAACCUGAGGGGAGUAACUUGAGCAGGUCACAGAGCAAGUCAGGAGCAGAGGCAGGAUUAGCACCGGAUCAGUCCUUAGAGCCAGCUCUUUCCACUCCCCCACAGGGCUUCCCUGAGAACAGAAAACUUACGGAAAAGGUCAACUUCCCUCUCAACCUGGGCUCUAACCUCAUAUCCUCUUUCCCUCUGGGCCUCUGCACAGGCUGUUCUCUCAGCUGGAGACUUCCUCCCUCCACUCCCUUCCCUUCACCCGGCUAAUUCUUCUUAUCAUUCUCCAUCUCCACUCAGGGAUGCCUUCCCUAACUCCCUUCCAAUUGGGUUCAGUGCCCCUUCUGAGCUCCCCUAAUGCUCUGUACUUCCCCAUGGGACCCUGCCACACUGCGAGCUCCAGGAAGGCAGGGACUAUGUCUUGUUCACUGACUGGCACAGAAAAGGCUCUCAAUAAAUACUAACUUGAUGUAUUCACUCGACCUUGAACAGGCACUAACUGAGCACCUACUAUGGGCCAGAUCCUGUACUCUUGGGGAGGGGCAGAUAUUAAAUAGAAUAAUCAGGGUGUGGUCAAUAGGGAGCACCUGCCAGAGAUCCCAAGGAGAGUGGAUGGGGUGAGGAGAUGGGGGUAGAGUUAUACCCCCCACACAUACUGGAGCUCUGUGGGGUCGACUGAAUUCCUUGACCAAAGGCUACAGCUCCUGUCAAAGGGCCCUCCUUAUACAGAUAUUUUGUGCAGGUUCCAAUAGCCUCCCAGCCCUCUGCCUUUAGACCUUGGGGAGGUAAAGUCUCCCUGCUGUUGGUAGCCAUGUGGCUCUGCUCUAUCCCUUGUGGGAGUCCCAAAACACUGUCUAUGCUUUUGUAAAUCCUUCAUUAGAAUCUCCUUAAGUUACCCCAUCUGAGAGCAUGCCAUCUGUCUCCUGCCAAUACUGAUAGGAAAAAGCUUAGCACGUUUGAAGAACAGAAAGAGCAGUAUGGCUGAUUGGGUAAGUGGAGCAGGAGGUGGUAUAGCUAAGACAGGGUCUAGACCUUCAGGUAGGCAGGGACUAGCUCAUUUAGGCCAUUAGGAAUCUCGACGGGUGGAUGGAAGGAAGAGUGGUUGCAUGAAUGAAAGCACACUAGUUAAGAUAAUGCGCGCCUGCCUGAGUAAACCAGUGAACCAACGGAAGGAAUGGUGGGUGAGAGGCCUCCUGCCCUCUAACCGGGCCCCAGCCAGGUGGAUUUGCCGACGACGCAGUCUGUGUUCUCUGCCCGGCAGGACGCUGGAGGGCCCGGUGCCAGAGGAGCCGGAGCUGGAUUGGGGCUCCGAGGCGCCGUGCGCGGGGUCCUGCCACGCACAGCGCAUCCUAAAGACCCUGAACGCGUAUCGGCGGAGCGGCACCCUCACCGACGUGGUGCUGCGUGCCGGUGGCCGCGACUUCCCUUGCCACCGCGCUGCGCUUAGCGCGGGCAGCACCUACUUCCGCAGCCUGUUCGCGGCUGGGCAGCCAGAGCGUGGCCUAGCCAUGGUUCCCGUGGUACCCGAGGCACCGGGCCCGGCCGGGACAGCGGUGGCGACGGCGCUGGCCGUGGUGCUCGACUACCUGUACGGAGCGGGCGUGAGGCUGCGCGCGGAGGAUGAGGCGGCUGCAGUACUGGCGCUGGCCGAGCGGCUGGGCGUGGCGGGCCUGCGUGAGGCCUGCACGCGCUUCCUCGAGGGUCGCCUGCGCGCCGCUAACAGCCUGGCGCUGCGUCGCGUGGCCGCUGCCUUCUCCCUCGCCUCUCUGGCCGAGCGUUGCGGCCGCGUGCUGCGCCAGGCCUUCGCGGAGGUGGCGCGCCAUGCCGACUUCUUGGAGCUGACGCCCGACGAGGUGGCAGCGCUUCUGGCCGACCCAGCGCUGGGCGUGGCACACGAGGAGGCCGUGUUCGAAGCGGCCAUGCGCUGGGUGCGUCACGACCCGCCAGCCCGCCGCGGACAGCUGCGGCGUUUGCUGGAGCACGUGCGCUUGCCCUUGCUGGCGCCCGCCUACUUCCUGGAGAAGGUAGAGGCCGACGAGUUGUUGCAGGCCUGUGGUGAGUGUCGCCCGCUGCUGCUAGAGGCCCGUGCCUGCUUCAUCCUGGGCCGCGAGAUCGGCACACUGCGGGCCCGGCCACGGAGAUUCAUGGACCUAGCUGAAGUGAUCGUGGUCAUCGGCGGUUGCGAUCGCAAGGGGCUCCUGAAGCUGCCGUUCGCCGACGCCUACCAUCCCGACAGCCAGCGCUGGAUCCCACUGCCCAGCGUGCCCGGCUAUGCGCGCUCAGAGUUCGCGACCUGCACUCUCCGCAAUGACAUCUACCUCUCUGGAGGCCACAUCAACAGCCGUGAUGUGUGGAUGUUUAGCUCCCAUCUGCACACCUGGAUCAAGGUGGCCUCGCUGCACAAGGGCAGGUGGAGGCACAAGAUGGCGGUCGUGCAGGGGCAGCUGUUCGUGGUGGGCGGCUUCGACGGCUUGCGGCGCCUGUGCAGCGUGGAGCGCUAUGACCCCUUCUCCAACACCUGGGCUGCUGUGGCCCCGCUCCCAGAGGCAGUGAGCUCAGCCGCCGUGGCACCCUGCGCCGGCCGGCUCUACGUGAUGGGGGGCGCUGGGCGGGACGGCAUCAGCAUCAACAAGGUGCAGUGCUUUGAUCCCAAGGAGGACCGGUGGAGCCUGCGGUCACCAGCACCAUUCUCGCAGCGGUGUCUCGAGGCUGUCUCCCUGGAGGACACCAUCUAUGUGGUUGGGGGCCUCAUGAGCAAAAUCUUCACCUACAACCCUGACAUGGAUGUCUGGGGGGAGGCAGCUGUCCUCCCCAGCCCUGUGGAGAGCUGUGGCGUGACUGUGUGUGAUGGGAAAGUCCACAUCCUUGGCGGGCGGGAUGAUCAUGGGGAAAGCACCGACAGGAUCUUCACCUUUGACCCCAGCAGUGGGCAGGUGGAGGCCCAGCCAUCCCUGCAGCGCUGCACCAGCUCCCAUGGCUGCGUCACCAUCAUCCAGAGCCUGGGCAGAAAUAAAACCUCCUUCAAAGGUUGGGUCUGUGUUCCAGCUCAAGCCUCCUUUGCCUGGAGAAGUAAUGCCCAAUAUCUGCUCCCUGCUUUGACUCUUUACAAAGCACCUUCAUAUGUUACCUCGUUUACCUUCAUAAUAGCAGCGUGGACGUUUUAAAAAAUUAUGAAAUAUUUCAUGCAUAAAAAGAAGAAAUAUAUUUUGUACAGUUUAAUAAUUAUAAUAAAAUAAAUAUCUGUGUUCCCACGACCUAGCUUAAGAAAUGGAUCACUAGCUUAAGAAAUGCCUUUGUAGGCCCCUCUAUUUCCAAAUCCAUCCCUUCGUACACUCCUCCCAGGAACUGUCACUAUUCUUAAAUUUCAGAUUAUCGGCACUUAAAAAAAAAACUUUUAGUGAGCUUGCUACUAAUAUCUGUAUUUUACAGAGAAGCAACUGAUUUUAAAAGAUAGGAGACUCACCCAAGGCCACAUACUUAGUAAGAGGCAGAAUCUAUGACUCAUAGAUUCCAUGAAGCUUUAGAAUCUAUGAGACACUUUUGGCCAGGAUGGUUCUGCCUUUCUAAACCACCCUCUCCAAUUCAAACACCUAUAGCAAUGAUAGAUAAAAUUAAAAGCCAGACAACUGAGGCAUAGGCUUAUAAGUAAGCAAACACGUCUGAGGACCAGAAACAGAAUUGUAAAACAUAAGGCAGAAGCUCAAGCUUCUAAAUUCAGAUUCUGGGAUAAAGGCUUUAAAACCAGGAUGACAAACCAGGAUCACUGCUAGAAGCCUGGGCCAAGGUGGGGCUCCCCCGCUCAUUAAAGAAGCUGAAACAAAACAGAACAGUUGUAGAACCCUGAGCAGCCUCGGGGGUCAAGACUCGCAGUAAACUGGAGGCCCAGGGUAGUGGGCACCAGAGCCACAGGGCUCUAAGACACCAAUGAGCCCAGCUCUGCACCUGGAUGUGCGAGAUCCCCAACAUCAACACAGGGUACAAGUUCCUGAUGCCAUUAUAAGCGCCUGGGUUGGUUUGGGGCUCAAGGGCAGCAACAUAAAACUGCUGGGUCGGGAGGGGUGAACUAAGUAGAAAGAGAGGGAACAAAGGACUGAUGCCACAGAUUCUGUGAAUCAAGGCCCAGCGGUUCAGAUUCUGUGCCUGUAUUUCUGAGGCCCAGAGGAACUAGCCAGGCCCCAUCUGGGGCUCCCUUUAUUUGCACUCAGAUUGCCUUUUGAAGACCUGUCAUCUGCUCCUCCAUCUCCUGCAGCACAGGGCCAGCCCUAUGCCCCUAGCCAUCUUCCAAAGCCCCAGGGCCCUGUCUGCAGAUCUCUCCAGCUGGGGCUGACCCAUCACAGAGCAGCAUAAAGGCCUGGGUCCCAGCUGAGCUCCUACCCUCCGAUUAUCCCAGAUUAGGGAGCCUGUGACCAUCUGGACACAGCUGAUAAUGGCAGAGGGGGAGGGGGGUGGGGUAGAGGCCCAGCCUCAGAGCCUUCCUGCUCCCACCCCAUGCAUAACACCCAGGACAAAGCAAAGGUGCUGUACUGCUUGCUUUCCCCGGCGAAAGCCGGAGUGGAAAGGGUAGGGGCAAAUCCAGGGCAAGCUCUCCCCGGAGACACGGGCAUCUUACCCAGGCUCACCACUUCUGUGUAGCCAGACAGAUUGCCCAGUUUCCCCCAUGAUGGCCAUCUGUGCCCCAGUGCUUGCUCAUGCAAGUGCCAAUGCCCUUUCUUGCUCUGUCUGCCUGGGCAGACCUGACACCCUCCACCCAAGAGCUGACCACUCCCUCCUUGCACCCCUUCCUAUCAGCCCUUCUUCCAUCAACUGACAUAUGGCCAGGCCUUUGUGUGACAUCUCAGGUCUCUCCUGACACACCCAUAGGAUGCCUCUUGAGGCGGGAAAGGUGUCACCUUCAUCUCUGGGUCCUCCAGUGACUGGAACAAACCCUUCCACUGAAUACCUUAAAUCAAGGUUUCCUGGAUUUCUAUCUCAUAAUACCUGUGAGGUAGGUACUACCGCUCCCCUCCCCCACUCCCACCUCCGAUUACAAAUGAGUAAACAAGACUCAAGAGUUGUGAAAUGACCUGCUAACUAAGGUCACAGGGCUGGUGAGUGGUGGCAAAGCCAGGAUUCCAACUCCGGUCCAGCUAUCUCCAAAGUCUGCUUCCUCCAUGCAGCCUCUGCUAAUCUGAGAAAAUGGUGUGGGGCACAGCAAAGCAGUUGUUUAGAAGUAGGAGAUACAUCAUUCCACGUGGGAAAUUCCAGCCUGAUAGGAUACUGUCCCUGACCUUCUGGGCUUCCGACUUGAUGAGACAUGGUGCUUGUCCCUGGUGAGUGAGGCUCACAGGAACACAAGCAAAAAGAGACAGCCACGUGUCCUAAUUUCUAGGACUACUGGUUAGACCGAGACCGUAUGUAGAGGAUCCCCCCGGCUCCUAGUCCACUGCUCUCUGGCACCCCAGGCUGCCUGCUGAAUGUGAACUGUUACCAUUCACUUCAGAGGGAAGCCAGACAAGUCCAUGAUCCCUUAGCCACACAUGGGGUUGCCAUCUUCUCCCCGGCUGAGAACAGAAACAACUCUUGGUAUGCAAUCAGAAAACGAUGAACCCAAAUUUAAUUUUUGAGUUUCUUUUUUGAGUAGAUCUAUUUGUAAAGAUUGAUAUUUUAUGACUAAUUCUUUCUUAGCAGGCUUUCAAAGAACAAGGAGAACUUUACUUCUUACAUAAUAGAAUAAAACUUUCUACUUUGUAAUCACUAUAUGGAUUUGUUGGAUUCUUUUAUAAAUCUGAAACAUAUCUUUGCUGUAUAUGCUACCCACCCAUUAGUAUAGGAAAAAUCAUAGUAUAUGUAGAGUUCCCUACUAUCUGCGGUUUUAGGCAUCCCCUGAGAUCUUGGAACGUAUCCACUGCAAAUAAGGGGGGACUACUGUAUUCAGUUAAGUUGUUCAAGAGGAAAGAUUUCAUCACACAAUUCUUUGUGACAAAAUCCUGGACUAUCCCAUUUUGCUCGAAGAUAAUGUGACAGUAUGUAUCUUUUAUGAUGCCUAUGCCCCCAAAUUUACUUGGUAGUUGUUACAGUUCAUAGAGACAAGCUGAAGGAAUUUGUACAUAAAGAUGAGUGGAGAGAAACAGAUGCUGUAGAAAUUUUUAAAAUUCAUUGGAUUGGUCAUUUGAAUUGACCUUUAAAAAUCUAAAAGUGAAAAUGUUUUAAAAUUAUGAAGCAAAGAAAAUGGCUAUCCUCUCUCC